AUGGGUCCGACACUACUUAACGAGAUUCUUUUCAUGGUGGGAGAGCAGCUCGAUAAACAUGAAGAUCGCUGGAACUCGAUAUUCGCUGGACUCCACAACUGGCGUGAUAUGAGGCCCUUCGUUCAUGUCAUCAUUGAGCAAGUCAGACUUGGGACUUCGGUUCGAGAGCUCGAUUUGCGGGGUUGGAAGAUAUAUAUCGUCUCAGUCGAGGAAUGGAAAGAUAUUGAGAAUGACUUGGUUCUGAAAAUCCUGGUCAAGAAAUCGUCGCAUUCAAUUGAAGAGGCCACAAUGGCAAGAGAGCCUAGGAAGGGCCAUGGACAUGCAUGGAUUGCACUAGCCCUUCCUUUGUUGACUCAUCUCCAGAAUCUGCAAUUAAUAUACGCUACAAGAAAUCAUUUUGUUAAUCUCACCAUGCAACGGGCAGUCCAUGGUGAGAAGUCACUCCACAAAGGGACUGCUUUCCAAUACCUACAAGGAAGUUGGCCACAUGGACCCCCAAGGGAUUCCGAUAAUACCCAACCACCCUCGGCUGCACUGCUCAUGUUGUUCUUCCACUUUCAAUCCAUGCGUACAAUCGAUGCCGAUAUGUUGAUAGACUCGAAUUCAGUCACCAGACACUCCAAAAAAGGGGUUGGCUUCUCUCCGGUUUCUGAAAUCAAUUUGCGUGCCAGUUGCGGUGACCAAGGAAUGGAGGACCUGAUUUUUUUUCAAAAAAGCAGCAUUCUAACUCCUACAUUCACUCCCAAGGUUAUCAACCAAAAGCCUUCCAUCGCUCGUUAG